UUUUGAUAGACAAAACUGCUCUGGAAAUUCGUCUGUAAUAAACGCGGUACUGUUUGAUAAUUCAAGCACUUUUCCUUCUGAACAUCAAAAAGAACACAAGCUGUGAAAGAUCGCUGCUCUACAUUUAUGAGUGGAGCCGUAGCUCCGGAAUGGCACAGCUGUAUACUUAUUUUUAGCGUCAUUCCUGUAUUGGAUCGCACUUUGUUUAAGAGUUCUUGGCCACAACUUCCGUUAUAGUUUUGAGUGCCCCCCGGCACGGUCUCAUGACAAUUUCCAUAAUGAGUAACUCGUUGUCACCAGAGAAGAAUAAAGCAGACGCCAGUCAUGAUCUCUCUCGUCUGCCGAAAUGGAAGAUCGACAUGCACACGCACAUUUUGCCGAAGAAGUGGCCGAGCCAUUUCCCUGGUGUGGACCUGGAGCUGCAAAUUUUCGCGGAAAACGAGGAAAACCAGUUCGAACCACAGUGCAACUUUGUGCCCUUUGAACGGCCAACCGGAUUCGUGGCACAGAUGCAGUGGCGGAAGGGAUCGGGCCGGGCGAAGGAGCUCUCUGCUGACGGGGGCACAAAGCCCGUGCUCUUCCGGAAAUGCCGCGCAAACCUGUUUGACUGUGAAGAAGUGCUCAAGGACUGCGACGCCUACGGGAUUAUGCUCUGCGAAUAAAGCGUUGUGAUGUUCGUGUUUUGUCAACCGUCUAAGAGCUCCUCGCGCAAAAAAAGAAAACAGAGUAGACAUCUUGUUUUCCUCGUCCUGACAGUAUCUCUCUUAACUAGAAUUCCAGAUGAAGUUCCAAUUUUGUUUUCCAGCCGAGGCAAAAGCAACCGCAAAUGCACUUGGGCACUCGCUCUGCGCAUGCGGCACAGUAAAAAUAUCGAAAUCGACGACGUUUUCUCCCUGCAUAGACCCGGACCUGCAGGUUUUGUCCACCGUUCCCGUGAUGUUCAAUUACCAACUAGCGCCGACCAUCGGCGCGGAGUGGUCGAAAUUUCUGAACCAGGACAUGGGACGGGUUUGCAAGACCUGUUCCCAGCCAGGCCGCCUUGCGGGUUUGGGCACACUGCCACUGCAGCACCCGGAGCUGGCCGCGAAGGAGGCCGAGCGCGCGGUGCUGGAGGACGGCCUGAAGGGCUUUCAGAUCGGCUCGCACGUGAACAUGCCCAACGGGGAGAAAAACAUGUACCUUUACGAUAAGCGGUUAGACUGCGUGUGGCAGACCUUGGAGAGGCUUGGGGCGCCGCUUCUCGUACACCCCUGGGAUAUGGAAUACAUCGACAGCAAAUACUGGCUGCCGUGUAUCAUGCGGAAAAAAUAUUAUGGGUGUGUUUACUGAUGUACUACUUUCUAUGCCAGAGCUCCAAGAUGUGAUCGCGAGCUGUUGACAGUAUGGAAUCAAUAAGACUUAGUAGGUGCUGCGGCAACAAAGCAGCGUUUCAUCCGCGACAAGACGUAAGUUAUUUUGAUUUAUUCAUCAAUUGCAUGAUUCCCGAAGACUCGUCCUCAUAUCACCGAACUGUGCCAUUUCGGGCCGCAAACAGCUCGUAGUACUCUGGUGUGGAGAGUACACUGGUGACUCACGCAGACAGAAAUUUUCCCUUUCAUAGCUUGGUUAGUAGGAAUGCCAGCGGAGAUGUCGCUUAGCAUGUGCCACAUCAUGCUCUCCGGCGUGAUGGACAGGUAAGAGUGGUAAAACCGGAAGUUUUUUUUUGGAAUACGUGUUGCUUUAGGUACUAUAGUCGCAUGUCGUUUGAAGCAAUGGAGCAAAUGCAAAGCAAGGCGGCUCAGGUUGGGUGUGCUUUUAUUUGAAGUUGCUUUCCACCUGCCAUCUCAGAUUUCGGAACCUGAAGUGGAUGUUUUCGCACGGCGGUGGUGCGGUUCCGGGUACGCUUGGCCGCAUCGAGUGGGGGUACCGGUGUCGCUAUCCUGAGUAAAAACGUACCCACACCAGAGUCAAGAUGGGGAUUUUGCAACACAAACCUAGGAGUUUUGGGAGUCACGCAUGACAAGUUUCAGUCCGUAAGGUUGGUAGUGCAAGUUAGCAAGGAAAGCCGCAUCACAAAUCGACCUUCUGAUCCUGUUCACAGCAUCGCAAAUUCCAAAACACGAUUGGAAAUGGCUCUCAUGGGGAUGCGCAUCACAAAUGUCUUUGUCAUUGCAAAUCUGCAUUACAACUCUGGGGUGGGUACGUUUUUACUCAGGAUAGUCGCCCCGACCUGGUGGGCCUGGAUUCCGCGAAGACGAAUCCCCGGGAGGCGUUCAAGAGACUCUACCUGGAUAGCAUUACGCACGACGAAAAUAUGCUCCAGCACGUGAUCCGCAACUUGACCACCGCAGACAAGGUGGCGCUGGGAUCGGACUACCCGUUCCCCUUGGGCGAAGUGCCAUCGGUCGCACCGGGCACGGUCGAUGCGCUGUCCGGGGCUAUUUUGGAUACGUACCCGGGCGAGAUGGUGGAGACCACACCGUUUUUGUCGGAUAGUAUCCCCCGUGAAAGGUCCUGUAUCGCACUCGUAUCCGCAUGAUCUUCAUCAAAAGAACUGUAGAAGCAUGAGGUGAAAUUGCAUAAAAUGGCGCGGCUUCCAAUGCAGUACCAAAUGUAGCGUCCUUCCCAUGUGCACGCGUGCGAUGCUUAUUUAUGCAUAGUCGGCGAGAGGGAGCAGAUCCUGUACAAAACCGGACUCGAGUUCCUCAACAUGCGAGAGCAGGAGUUGGUAAAACACGACAGAACCAAAGGCUUUCGUUGCACCGAUCGCUUUACUUACAUGUGAAUGCUAGCCACAGUACUUAUUUUUUUCGUCGCUGCCUAUCGCCAUUUGCAU